UCUUAAUGUAAGACUUGGAACAGAAAAUGAAAAGCAGGACUGACUAGUUUAGCUUUGGGCUGUGCAUCUGCAGGGUGAAGUGAAUGGAACUGGCAAUGUGAUUUCCAUUAUUGGAAAUACUAAUUUUAAAAGAAAUGUCAUCAAGUGACUAUAAAACACUAGCUGCCAAAUUUUAAACUGAACAGGGCAAAUUCAACAUUUUCACUACAUUGCCUAACCCAAAACACUAAACAUUAACCUUAAUUAGCCUUUUAUUAAUUUAUCCUGAAAUAAAUUACACUCUAUCACAGAAAAGGAGCUGCUGGAGGUUCAGUAACUGAUGUGAAUCUGUCCGGUGGAUGCAGGUUGGAACCAGGUGAAUUCAAAAUGUCUCUUGAUAGCUGGGAAUACAUCCAGUCUCUUACACUUGUGAAAGCUUUGGAGGUGAGAUUGUGGCUCUUUCUCCCCUAGAAACAGGUGAAAGGAGUCGGUGACGCUGCCCCUGCUCACCCAGGCAGGGACUGUCUCCAGAACCCUCAGGUGAAACAUCCGCGUGUGGCACAAACUCACUUUCUGAAUCAUUUGCAGACUUUGAUUUUGGGGCCUUUCAUCUCUUUGGAACUUUUGUUUUCAAAGCCCAGAAGAAUUUAUUUUCAGUGUGUGUCGAGUCUGAAAACACAGCAGAAGUUCUGCCCCUUCUCUUUGGAGUUAAAAGUCUCCAUUUCACCAGUUUCCUGGGUAGUAGCAGACCAAACAUAAGGACUUGGUUUUCUCCUUCAAGCUGGUGUAUUCCAUUGGUUCUGCAGAGCAAACGUUGCUGCUGGGAAGAGGAAAAUAACACCCUAAAUUGUCAGGGUUGAGAUGCUCAGCUGUAGUCAUUAAAAAAAAAAAAGUUUCACACUCUUUGAAAAAAAAUGCAUCCUGAAAAUCUUCCCAUUUGUUUCUUUCACAAAAAUUAUUUGAUAUUUCCCAGCUUUCUUUUGUUUGUGUCAGCAAAGGAAAUCUCAUCUGGCUUCUGUUAUUAGCUAAGCUUUAAACUCAGCUUUUGGAUGAGGAGAACCAGAGUAUCCAGAAAGGAUUUGAGUUACCCAAAACAUCUGUGACAGUACUGGGGACUAAUGAGUCCCACUCCUGUGUUUUAACCCCUUGUCAGUCUUCCUCGAACGUUUUUUAUUUUCAAAUUUGGAUUUAAAUGUAGAGAAUUGAAACUGUUGGUGCUUUCCCAAUUCCCUUGAUCAAGAGCUUUGCCUAUGGAGAAUGACCAUGUGGAACUAUCCCACCCCUCCAGGAGCUGUAGUCAGAAUUACUGAAAGUACAGACAUGAUGUGAUCUCUCAUCUAAGGUCAUUUCUCUCUCUCUCCCAGCCUGUGGGCAUAGUAAUUCUGUGAUAUGGUUUUGGUUUCCUUCAUGGAAGCCAAGCCUUUCUUGAGAGAACUGAGUUCUCUGUCAGCUCUUCUCAUUUUUCAGUCUGACUCAAAACGUACUUUAGUUUUGAAGCUACUACAGGCCAGAAAAAGUCAUUUUAUACACAUUUAUUUUGUUACAUUGGUUAUUUUAUCACUUUAUGUAAGGCAGUAGUAUUAGUUAACAAAAACAGUUAUAAGAACUUUGUUAUCCACAUAAAAUUUAUAUACAUGACAUCUGCAAAAGAAAUCUAAUUCAAAAUUAAGCCAUGUUAUCUGUAUUAUUAACAUGAUAACCUUUUUUUUUCCUGAUGGUAACUCUUGUUUUAAGGCAUUGCUACAUUUCAACAAGUGGACAACAAGAACUUCACACCACCUUCCUUGCUGAGGACAGUGGACAAACAUACCAAUGUAAAUUGCUGAAUCAAUACAGCUCUGCAGGUCAGGUUCUCAAGAGCACCUGGAAUGUAUUUAACACAGUGCAGAGUGGCUGAAGUGCCAAAAUUAAGUGGAUUGACAAGGACUUAACACCAAGAAGAUGAGAACUGUAUGUGCCAGCAAACAAAUAUCAGUACCAGAGUGGCAGAGUAGAGGGACACAAUUUGGCCAAUCUGUGGCAUACUUGGCAUAACUGAAAUUUUAUUCCUUUUAAGGAGUGUAAUUUCAGUGCUGGGUCACUGCAGCCAGUUCAAACCCUGAUGGCUCCCUCACCUCAUGGAGUGUCUCAGUGAGAUCACGUUGCACCAGUGCUGCCCUCCCUCCUACCUGUCCUCUUUGGGCCAUGGAGAGAUUUCCAGAGAAGUUCAGUCCAUUGGCUUCCCUUGCAAUGCCCAAAAUCACUGGGCUCCUGGGUGUUGUCACCACAGUGUCACUUUGCAGGACACCCAGGGACAGAACUCCCCCAUAAUGCACAACGAGAUCAAGAAAGUAAUUCUUGGGUUUCUUCCUUUCUUCAUUUUUUUUUUUAUUUUCCUUCCUUUAACCAUGAGAUUCUCUGUGGUUUUUAUUGCAGGAAAUGCCUUCAUUUCUCUUCUCUUGUUUAAUUUAUACCCCCAAAGUGCACGGCAUUUUUCCCAACAAGCACUGCCUUUGGUGCUCCUGGUGCUCCUGAAGCCCAUGGAGUUUCAGGGUCUGGUCUUGUUCCCCCUGGCUAAGGAGCAAGAAUUUGGUGAUGUUUUUUCUCAGCUUACUGCAGUGCUCCAAAUAGCAGCACUGACAGACACUGAAAUACAGAUUUUAGACAAGGUGUUUUAAUACAUGUCCUUUCGAACUUCAUGGUCUCUUUUAUCUGUUGGACAAGGGUUUAGAGAUGACACUUCUCUCUGUGUGUUUUUCCUCUGAUACAGCUGGACCUGUAUUAACUGAACAUACAUAUUUAAACCCAGGAGAAACCAUGCUAAAAGUACAACAUGAGACUAAAAUCAGCCACUUCAAAAUUAGAAAAUGGCGUGAGUACUUUUGCUUGAGCACGUGUGUUGCAGUGCUGCUUCUAGAGUAUCCCAUGGCUGCUUCCUUUGCUGGGCUCUCCCUGUUCAGAGAACAGGCAGUGCUGAAGGGAUGCUUUGGGCACGUGGUGGAGACUUUCCCUCGUGGCUUGGUUGGGUCUCUGCAUCCUCUUGCUCCAGGAAUCAAGUGACAUUUGAACAACUGCUGACUUACAGGACCUUCUCUGAUCCCUCUCAGCUCCAAGCAGCUCACACUGAUCAGAUACCCUAUGCAGAAAACACCUAAGCUUGGCAUGAACUAAAUAAAUUAAAAUACAGACUGCCAAGGAACCUUAUCUUGGGGCAUUGCUACCUUUUAACACCCAAAGCAAAAAGGGAUUCAGCUAUUAACAGAUGCGUGCAAUCAAAUUAACAUUAUAAAUAAUAAUAUCAUGCUCAUGAGGGGCUUCCCCUUUUCUCUGAUAGAUGUUGUCCCCUGAUGGAAGACCAGAGCAAUAGGGGUUGUUUGUUUGCUUCUGUUUGUUCUGCACUUCUUUUGUUUUCACAUUAACACAGAGGACUAUAUUCUAAGAAAUGCAGCCGACGUGUGGAGAGCAGCAGCGUGGGCUUGUUAUAAACUGGAGGUGCUUCUUCCAGUUACUAAUAGAGCUUCCUUUGGAAAGCCCCUUUUGUUGUAUUUCAAAUCAAAACACGCAAAGUCUGACAUUAAUGCAUUCAGCUGGAAGUGCAGGCUGGGAUGUUCCCAUGAAACAACCUCUUCAUUGCUGUUCUUUUGUUACAGACCUGAGACAGCACUGUGUGAGGUACCAGCCUUUCUGAAAAAAGCAGCAGCAACAAUAAGCCCUUUCCACUUCCCAUCCUUUUAAAUGUCUGGUUCAAUCAAGAAUGAGCUUGAGAAUAAGAAGUUCAAGGAAAAAUGGCAGCUGGAAGCCUGGUUUCACUUUGGACAUGUGAGUGGAUUCUUUCUUCUGAGGAGGACUGAUCUCCUCCUGCAGCCUCUCCCUCAGAGAGCUUGUCAUGAGCACCUUGUCCCUCCAUCCAAGCCAUCUCCUCCCGUGAAACCUUGUAAAUCUUAAUGGCACCCCCUCCUCAGCCAAAUUUGAUUGAAGUUAUCUGGUGGGUUCAAAAAUUAUUGACACCAUUCGUUAAAAAGGAGCUGAUAUACAUAUAUGUACAUAUACAAAAUGCUCAGUGUGCUUGUUUCAGUCUCACUUUAUCUGGAAAACGGGCCAGAAAACUCUCCCUGUUGCCAGUUCUGGGAAAGUCUUUCACACACAGUUUUUUUUUGUACUCACAUACUUACUUUUUGUAUCAGAUACUCUGACCUCAGCAGUGGAACUUAAACCUUCCAGGCUGUCUCUUGUGUUGGUGCCUGUCUUUUUGCUAGAAGAGCUUAGAUAGGGGCUGAGCAGAGAAAAAAUACUCAGAGAGGAGAGAAAAAAAGAAAAACAGAGCUCACCAAUUGCCCUGACCAUUGUGUCAUUUGAAACUGCAUUUACACAUUGGGAGAAUUGCUUAAUGGCAUAUUAUUACAGAAGAUUAAGGUGUUUUCUAGCCCAUUAUUUAAUUGGGAAAAACAAGAACAUGAUACUCUGACAUUCAAAUACUUAGUUGCCUCUAGGCCUUCAAGGCAUAUCUACCCCAACAGCUUUUAUAGCUAAGAGAGCUGAGAAACUGAGCGUUACCUGACAGAGGGAAGGGAGGAGAGUGGAGUUACAUGUCAAAUACACUCCAUGCAAUGUGCAGAAAAUGCCUGGGGUUUAUACAGUGGCAUUCUGGAGAAAGAAAUCCAGGUAGUUUGUCAAAAAGACAAGAGUUACAGCUGUGAGUUACAGAAGAUAUUUCCACAGGGUCCCUGUGGAAUGCUCACCUCUGGUGCUCCUCUGUGAGGCAGUGGGGUAGUUGUGGGUCUUCAGUAAAAUAAUCAUUUGUCCAACUUUCAAUCUUCCCUCAUUUCUUUCGGUUUUCUUUUUGCUGAUAAGGGUGAGAAGCAACAACAAAAAAAUUAAAACCGAACCCAGAGGUGUGAGAAUUCAAAUUGUCAUGAUUUUCCUGUGUACCUCAGAGAGGUUUUCAAGGCACUCUGCUCUUUUUGAAGUGGCUAACCUUCACUUCUGACAAAACUCCUAGGGCAGAUAAGAAGGCUUCAUGACACAUUCAAUCAACUGAAAUCUUUCCAGGCACCGGAGCACAAACCAUCCAGAGUGACAAAUGAAAGUGAGCAAAAUGCUGGAAUGGCCCUGGGCUGAAUGAACAGACACGGAGCAAGGCUGGGCUGGAGCCUGGAAGGAUCUCAGCUUCCAGAAGGAGCAACCUGGCUGUGCCACCUGCAAUGCUGGGAGCCAGGGAUAUCUAACACCACCUCAGAUGGCUGCCUGCAGCCUGGCACUGGCACUGCAGCUCCUGCUGCUUCUCCAGGACAUCCAGACAUCCCUGCAGACAUCAUUAACCCCAUCUCAUUCCUGUGACACACGUGGGAAUUGGUUCUAUGAUGAAACUUCACAAAGCUGCUGCUACCAGUGUCCCUCAGGCUCUGUUAAAAAGAAAGCUUGUCCUGAGAACCCAGCUGCAGACUGCAUGAGGUGUGGGCCUGGGCAAUUUGUGAACACAGAAGCCCCGAAGCUACGAUGUGAUGCCUGUGUCUUAUGCAAAAGAGACCUUGUGGAGAAGGAGCCCUGCUCCUUCAACUCCAGCCGUGUCUGCGAGUGCAGGCCGGGCCUGUUCUGCCAAGAAUCCCUCCCUUACACCUGCGCCCGGUGCCGGCCCCACAGCGCCUGCCAGCCUGGCUUUGGGGUCCGGGUCAGAGGCACCUCAACCCAGGAUGUCACUUGUGAAGAGUGCCCUGCUGGGACCUUCUCUGACCAAAGCUCCAGCACAGACAGCUGCAAGCCCCACACGGACUGUGCCAAGUUAAACAAAGUGGCACUAAGCCAAGGAAAUGCCACACAUGAUCAGGUUUGCCUGGACCAGUCGCCCACCUAUCUCACCCAAAGCCCUUUGUCCACGAGAUUCAGCAAGGAAACAAAUCACCCUGACCCAAGGAGCCUUGAGGAGAGCCUGGUGACCAUUGCUAGUGGUGACCUUCUAAGUGCCACGACAACUGAAAACCCCAGUUCAACUCCUGAGGAGAAAGAUCCAACUGGCACUUUUCCCACCUCAGCCAAGGGGGAGAUGACAAUGGGAGGUGUAGUGCUUUGGGCAGUGGUUCUCUGUGUGAUAGUGCUCCUCGGGGCCAUGCUGUUUUUUUGGAAAUGGAAGGUUUGCAAGAAGCGGAUCCUCGUCCUCAAAGGAAAGCCCCAUCUGCAUUCUGUCAUCGCACACAAAUACGGCCUCAAAUCGCCAGGUUCUGACCUAGGGGACAAAUGUGCAAAGCUCCCCCUGACCACUGAGAGUGGGCCAGAGGAGAAGGAGUUAACUGGCAGAACCCUCCCUUUGGAAACCAACAAUAACUUGGUCUCCAGCACAGAAAAAGCACAGAGUCCCCAUCGGGGUGUGGCUGAGGUGACACCCAGCAGUGGGAGUGGCCCAGAUUGUCCUGUGGAUUCUCGAGUCAGAGACCACACAAACAACAGAAUUGAAAAGCUCUACAUCAUGAAGGCCGACACUGUUAUCGUGGGGUCCGUUGCAGAAGUGGCCGGUGGCAAAAACUGCGCUGCCAGAGGAUGUGAAAGCAACACUGACGCCCAGGAAACCAUGGAAGAGGAACUGGGAAUGCACUACCCAGAGCAGGAAACAGAGUCCUUUCCAGGGAAUGAUGUAAUGGUUCCCGUGGAAGAGGAAGGAAAGGAAUUCCACCACCCCACCACUGCCACAGAAAAGUGACAACCCAUGGAGAUGAUGAGCUACAGGAACAUCCAGUGUUACACUAAGUCUGAUUCUGGGACAAGUGCCUUGGGUUAUUGGGAAGCUCCUGGAAAACACUGAAACACACUCAAACAAGGAGAGCUAGAACCUCCUUCAUCUACCAAAUGACAGGAGCAUCCAAACCGUUGGCCUUCAUACCUGAUGUCAAAUAUUCCUCUUUCCCUCUCUCUCCCAGUAUUAUGCUGGAAACAAAUUUGAAUCAAAGCUGCACAAUUUAGAGGACAUCUGGAUGUCAGCUGAAGUUUCACAGCUUGCUUUCUCUGCAUGAAGGAAUGGAUUGAAAUCUGUGUCUGGCUACUUUUAUUAGCUAUGAAAAUUCUGGCCAGGAUUCCGAGUCAAGCUUGAGAUUCAGCCACGAAUGUCAUUGAAUAGGUUGUUUUAAUUCCAGUACUUCCAAAUUUGUCACAUAUUUUGCAACAUCUGGCAUUUUCUUAAGGCCUCAACUCUUGACUGAAAGUGAUGACAACUUCAGUUUUCCCGAGCACAAACAACUCUCAGGAUUGUGGACUUCAUGUUUUUUUGAGGAAAUAGGAUCAAAAGGUGCCACACAGGCUCAGAAAACGGAAGGAAAAUAAAACUAAUUGAAGUCCACUAAUUGAAC